UCUGAUGUUUGUCACUUUCGAAGUCGAGUGUUCUUCUGGUUGCGUUUAUUUGUUAGGUUAGGUUUUCGUAUAUCUUUUUGGCGAUGUCGAAUUUACUGAAGCCCUCCCAGCAAGUGCUGCAGCUGAUUUCGAGGGGAAUCGGAAGGAACAGAGGUAAAACCGUUUACAAAUGGGAAGGCGAAGGCAUCAAGUACGAUGGUUUCACCUACUAUCCGAGGCACGCCGACUUCCAGGACCCUCCUUACGAACCCACGAAACUGUUCAGGGUGCAGAGGAUCAAGCCCUUGAAGGGCACUUCGUAUUGGGAGAAGGAUCAUUUGAAGCAGCUGGGGCUUUUGGGAAAGUGCAGUGAGGUGAAUAUCGUUAAGAAUAUACCAGAGAAUCAGAGCAGGCUGUGGAAGGUGAAGCAUCUGAUCAAGAUCACCCCAAUCACGUUCCCGAAUGGCUUCCCCGAGGACGUGAAUGGGACUUUCCUAAAGGAGAACGGAGAGUUGGUCGUCAACAAGAAGCUGCUGAACUCUGAGGACAGAUUGGUGGCAAGGGAGCAGUUUGAUGAAGAUCCUCAGAAAUUGGAUGGGGACACGCUGAGGCGAGACUCGAGGAUAAAGUGGUUGAGCGGGUGGUAGAGAUAGUCUGAAUUUAAGUGUUUUAGUGUUAUUAAUAAAUGUAUAAAUAUAUCAUUAUCAUGAUGGAAA